AGAAAAGAUAAAUGUUCUCAUCUCCCACGACUCGAACACUUCCGCCUGCCAGACAGAAGAAUCGAUCAAACCAGAAAAUCCUCCGAACACCGUUAACAUGGUCCUCCAAGUCUACCUCGAUCCAUGCACGAUCAACUGUCGUAAGGUCCUUGCGGGCCUCGACAUGAUGGACGUCAAGUACGAAGAGCACUUCGUCAGCUUCUUCAAGGGCGAACAGAAAGGCGAAGACUACGUCAAGAACAUCAACCCACACGCCACCGUCCCAGCCGCCGUCGACGGAGACCUCAAACUGACCGAGUCCAACUCCAUCCUGAUGUACGCCGCUGAUGUCGCCGGCUCCGACGCCUACCCCAAAGACCUCAAGCUCCGCGCUGAUGCCAAUCGCUGGCUUCUCUGGGAAGCCUCUGUCUGGUUCGGUACCAACUACACCUACCUCGUCGAAAACGUCGUCAAAGAACUCAUGGGAGGCCAGCCCGACCAAUCCGUCCUCUCAGCUGAGGAACCUAAAUGGAACAAAGCCGCCAGCAUCCUCGACGCCCGCCUCGGCGAGACAGGCAAAUGGAUCAUCCCCGGUCCCAACCCUACCAUCGUCGACAUCGCUGUCGCCAGCCCCAUGCACCUCCACGGCGCCGCCAAGGUGCCCCUCGACCAACACCGCAACCUCAAACGCUGGAUCGCCGACGUCGAAGCCCUCCCCGCCUGGCAAAAGACCCAACCCGCGGUCGACAGCGCUCUCCUCCCAAACAAGGGCAAAGAGGUUCGUGCAUCCUUCAACUACACGAAAGACCUCGGUUCCAAACUCACAGAAAUCUACUUUUACGAAGACCCCAAAGCCGUAAACAUUCACGAACCGGGUGACGAUCCCUUUGAAGUCGCCGUGCACAACGGCUGGGAUCGCGUUGCAGACUUCUCCGUCGACAAGGAGGGGUUCGCGGUGAAGGACUUCAACCCAUCGUUUCCGAACAAUGCUUUCAACGACGACUCGGCCGUGCGAGAGAAAUUCUACCCCGAAGUCGUCGAGUUUUUGAAAAAGGAGUUGGGCGCGAAACGCGUGCUUGUUUUCGACCAUACUAUCCGUACGAAAGCCAAUCAGGCCAAACCUAUCACCGACCAAUCGAAUACUUCCCAACGCGCGCCUGUUGCUCUCGUGCACUGCGAUUAUACCGCUGAAUCCGGGCCUGUGCGGGUGAAGCAACUGCUUCCUGAUGAAGCGGACGACCUUCUCGCGAGACGGACGGCUUUUAUUAAUGUCUGGAAACCGCUUAACAAGGUCGAGGAGUAUCCACUUGCUAUGUGCGACGUUACGUCUUCGCCGCCAGAGGAUUUUUUCAAGUUGUAUUUGAGGUAUCAGGAUCGUACGGGAGAGAACUAUGUCAUGCGGAGGAACGAGAAGCAUGACUGGGUGUACUUUCCGGACAUGACGCCUGACAAGAGUAUCUUACUCAAGACUUAUGAUUCAGACAAGCAGAGAGCGCAAUUUGUGGGUCACUCUGCUUUCGUUGAUCCGACGAGUAAGCCGGACGCUCCUGCCAGGGAGAGUGUGGAGAUCCGGACCAUUUGUUUCUUCUAG